AUGUCAGCUGUAAAUUUUCCUUGUUUAGUAAUGUCAUUAAUGUCAGUAACUACUUCCAGUUUUUUUUGUUGAUGAAUUUAAAAAAAUAAAGAUGUUCUCCAGUGGUCCGAACUAUACGAAAUUAAAGACAAAUCUUCGCCUUGCUUUGAACCGUCUUAAGUUACUUGAAAAGAAAAAGGCAGAAUUGGCACAAAAAGCCCGUAAAGAGAUUGCUGAUUACUUAGCCACCGGAAAAACGGAACGAGCACGAAUUCGUGUGGAGCACAUAAUACGCGAGGAUUAUCUUGUGGAAGCAAUGGAAAUAAUUGAAAUGUAUUGUGACCUCUUGUUGGCAAGAUUUGGCUUAAUCACACAGAUGAAAGAAUUAGAUGAUGGUAUUGCAGAAGCGGUAUCAUCUUUAGUAUGGGUGUGCCCUAGGCUACAAAGCGAUGUAGCUGAACUUAAAGUGAUUUCCGACAUUUUUAUUUCAAAAUAUGGUCCACAAUUUGCGGAGUAUUCACGUACUGCAACAGGCGACCAUCAAGUAUCUGCAAAAUUAAUGAACAAACUUCAGCUCCAAGCACCACCCAAAUUGCUGGUUGAAAAAUAUUUAAUUGAAAUAGCGAAGAACUACAAUAUAGAAUAUGAACCUGAUCCCCAGGUUAUGCAAGAAGAAAAAUCUGCUGAUGAGCAACAAGCACAUUUAAUUGAUCUAUCUGAUAGAAAUAAUUUAGGAGGAGGAGGGGCUAUGGGUCCUCCCCCUCAAAUGGGUUUUAUUGGUUAUCCUAGCCUACCACCGCUUCCUGACCCUCCAGCAUCGAAACCGUUCAAUUAUCCACCGCCAUAUGGCCAGGGGCCUGGAUCUGGUAAUGGUGGAUACAGUGCUUCUCCCCAACAACCGUUUUCCUAUAAUAUCCCACCAUCUCAACCUAAUUAUGAGCAAAAAGAUUUAAACACUUCUUUCAUCAAUAAAGAAUCGUCCGAUAAUAUUUCAACAAAAGCAGAAGAGGGUGUAGCAUCUGGUGUUUUCACAGAAGAAGAGAAUAUUUUGCGUCCUAAACCGUUUGAUGAUCCCCCACCGCGAUAUUCUUCAAUUAAUCCCUUUAACAUGCAGGGCACAAAUAAGCCAAAACCACAGCCACGACAAAAGUUACCGCCUCCCGGUCCAAGCGCACCACCUGCUUUGCCUGAUUUGCCAAAUGUUCCAAAUGAUCUACCUGAAAUUACUGCAGACGAAACUAAACCAAGUAAUACUGAUAACGAUGAAAUAGACUUUGAUGACUUAUCACGCCGUUUUGAAAAUUUAAAAAAACGCAAAUAGUUAAUUACAAAUAAAUCGAUAAGUAUUCAAAAUAUUGUCAUAACUUUCAUUUAAGUUUCAAGUUAUAUAAUUUACCUAAAUAUUUUACCAAUACUAUCAAUAUACACACGAAAAUGUAUGAGUAAAUAUAUAUUAUAUAA